AUGGAAAAGCAGGAUAGCAACGAUUCUAACAGAUCGAGUAUUAAACGACGACCUCAGUUUAGUCGAAUUUCAACAACAUUAGUUUCUGAAGAUGAAGUUGAAGAUAAUUUAGAUGAGACUAGUUCAACAAAAAAUAAUUCAAAAGAUACACCGACCUCGCCACCUACAUCUUCCAGAAAACCUUCAUAUGUGUGGAGUCAUGCUACGAAACUCAAUGCUAAACAAGCACAAUGCAAUAUUUGUCAGAAAAUUAUCUCUACUUCUGGUGGCUCAGUAAUUACUUUUAAAGCACGUUUAGAAACUCACGAAAUAAAAGGUCCUUGCAGCACACAAUCUACAUUAAAAAAAUCAGCUAUUCCAUUAGUUCAAAAGCGGAUAUUGGAUGCUAUUGCCAUUCAGUGUAUUAUCGAAGACGGACGAUCAUUCUCAGAUCUAAGAAAAGCCGGAAUGAUGAAACUACCUGAUGCUCUCUAUUGCCGGUUAUAUCGCUCCGCAUCGGAACACAAUUCAGCGUAA